CUAUGUCCUUUCGAAACAAGCACACACACGUAAUAUUAAAUACCUACAGACUUUCGUAAAGAUUCCAGCAUAAUAAUAUUAACUUUAAUAUAUGUCGUCAACAUGCCACAUUAUGUGAACUGUGAAUGUUAAAACUAGAGUUUACGUCGAGGAAAAAAGAAGACAAACAAAGCCAGCUCUCAUAGCGUAUCAUUUACGGUGUUAUCUGAUAAGGAGGAUCGAGUUUGGAAAACAAAAAGUCAGAUCGUUUAUCGGUGAUACUACAAAGAGGUGACCAUGGAAGUAAUGCAUCAGGUGGUGCGUUCAAAUGCACAAUAAGAUGUGGAUGAGAAAGCAUUUCGCCGCGCUUGUAAUGCGACGACUAAUGACGUAAUAUCCAUUGAGACAUGGGCUGUGGACACAGCAAAAUUAAUGGAUACUUUCGGAAGUCGAAAUCGCAGAGUAAUACCGAUUAUUCACCAGUAAGUGUAGAAAAAAUUGAAAACGAAGAAAAGUUACUAAAUCCAAUAACCGAAUCUGCAGAGGAUUUGGACGACAGUUUCAAGAAAGGUUCAAAGAUUAAAACCUACGGUGGUGCGUUACUUGCUCAAGCUGUUUUCAGAGAAAUUUCAACUAGCCAACAGGAUUUUUUCAAGCUUUUGGAUGAAAAGAUUGAAAACGGACCAGAUUACGAUUCAGAAAGCGAGGCUGAGAAAAUCGAAAGGGAGGCUCGAUUAGUGGCACUUCUACAAAACUGGCAGAGUGCAAGUGUUCGUUCUUUGAAUAACACCCCUGUCCGAAACACUAUCAAGACUGGAAACUAUCAUCCCAAAGAAGCUAACGAAGGGACCGAAAGCAUUUACACAAAGUCCAGCAGCCACAAUCGCUGCACAAGCAACGCUUACAUUAACAGCAUAAACAAGCCUUACAUUCCACCCUCACCAGCCUACAUAUCGGACUACAAUCAAAACUCAAAUUUGCCAUAUCACACAGUCACAACUUUUACAUCGACCGCGAUGCAAUCCUAUCGAACGGUAACUUACCCUCAAGAUGUUCAUCGUACUUCUUACACCCAACACCAUCAUGACGGUUUUGUACCGGACGCCAAUUACAAGCCGUCGCCAAAUUCUUAUCAGCCUCAGUACUUAAAUCGACCGAACAGGUAUUGCAAACAAAACGCAGACAGAACAGUUAAGUUUAAUAAUUACUACAACUUACCGAACGAUAGUAACAACAGCAGUGGCUUACACGAAGCCCGAAUCGAAAUGAAUCCCUUGCACAGGAAACAAUACGAACUUACAUGAUCUUUACCUUUAUGAAGUCACUUCGUUGACGUUUUAUGUAUUUAAUUCUUCUUGAUAUAUAUUAACAGUUUAUUGUUUGUUGUUUAGAAGUACAAACAACUUGCAUGUGAAUAGCUGUGGAUCCUCACGAUACAAGACAAAAUAUAUUUUCCUUAAUCCUAUUUAUUAUCCCUGUACAGGAUUUGUACGUACAUAUGUAGACAUGGUAUGGUAAUUUUAUCAUUCGAUACUCCCUGUUCAUCAUCUUUAGCAGGAGUGACCAACCCAAAUGAUCUUUCGGACCCACUUAGGAAAAAAUAUCAUGGUCUCAUUAGUUAAUAUUAAUGAAAUGAAUUUCUGGCUUGGCUCUUGGUGAACCAUGUUAAUGUCAUCAUCGUCAUUAAGUCGUCAAUCCUUAGACUGGUUGGACGCGCAGCUCCACUCUUUCCUAUCCUGCGCUAAUUUU